AUGGGGGCUCCCAAUCUCAACCCUGAGGAGUCUUCAGAAGUCGAGGGUGUUCUGAAUACAAGUCAGGGUUCUUUGCUUGAGGUAAAUCCUGAAAAGGAGGGCUGCAUCCCUGAGACUGAGACGGGUGAGAUAAAUGUUGAUGCUGAGAUGGCUUCAGAGGUCCUAGGUACUCCUGGUGAUAAGACAGCUCUCGAGAGCCAAGGGAUUUCAGGCACUGAUGAGGUUACUGAGACCAUGCAGAUCCUGGAGGCUCAGGGAAUCGAACAGGUGCAGGAUAUGGAUGAAGUUAUGCAGAUUGAUGAAUCAUUAACGAUUCCUGAACUUGAACAGGUUUCUGUGGUAGGCGCAUAACUCUAAUUAAUGUUUAUUUGCAUCUUUGUAUUAUCAUAACAAUGGAAAACUACAUGUGCAGUUAUUUUACAACAAUACUAAAACACAAAAAUUCUAAAGUCUUGUUAUUACAGCCUGUAUUAAUGUUGAAAGUUUGUUUUUUGUAGGAUACUCCAACUGGAAAUGCUGGGAAUUGUACAACAUGCAAAACCCUGAGGAGUGAGAUGACUCGAAUCAGUUAA